AUAGCAGAUGACGAGCACAAGCCCGGCUACCAAUCCUAUGAUGACUGAUUCACAUACCCUCGAGUCUAUUGCCGCGGCCCUGCGCGAGGACGAUAAGGUGAAACUUGCUGGGGUUGACGCGGAUGGAAUUCACCGAGGUAAAUCCUAUCCAUAGUACUUUGGUUGGGUUAAGCUGACAUGUCUUGCGGUCCCUUGCGCAAGGGAAACUGAUUUCAAAAAAGAAGUUUCUUUCCAUUGCCGAAUCUGGAUUCGGGUUCUGCUCCGUCAUAUUUGGCUGGGACAUGCACGAUAAAUCGUACUUUCGCGAACUUGGCAUUUCAAACUCCGCAAACGGAUAUCGGGAUUUACUUGCGAAAGUUGACCUGCAGAGUUUCCGGAGAAUACCGUGGGAGGAUUCCACUGACUUCGCCGAUCCGAAGGAUCAGAGAGGUGUCCCAUUCUUUCUCGUCAGUUUUCAUGACCCGGAUACCAAAGAGCCUAUUGCACCGUGUCCCCGAGGACUGUUGUCUAGCGCGGUGAGAAAGGUUGAGGAGAAGGGCUGGAGCGCGAUGGCUGGAGGUUUGUUAUUCGAUAUUCUAGCACGAUCCCAGAUAGAAGGUUUGCUAUCCAGUGAAACUAAAGCUUUUCUGUUCCAGCGGAAUAUGAGUUCUUUAAUUUUAGAGAAGAUCCCCAUAGCCUUGAUGCAAACAAAGGCUCGGCGUUAGAACAUAUGACACCGGGAAUGUUUGGUUACUCUUUAACAAGACCUGUGCAGAACCAGGAUUUCUAUUACGGAGUUUUCAACGCUUGUACGUUUCCACCCUCGACUCCCAUAUUCGGGGAGUCAGUGGAAAGGCGUUCCCGCCACAUGUUCAGAUAAAAAAAAUUAACCCACAUCCGCUGGAAAUAAAUAGGCAAGAAGUUUAGGGUCGACAUAGAGGGUUGGCAUACCGAAACUGGACCAGGGGUUUACGAAGCUGCGCUAGAAUUCGGGGAGGUCAGAGAGAUGGCGGAUAGGGCGGGACUAUUCAAGUAUGCUUGGACUUAUUAACAGCACGCUCUUCGGUUCUGACUUUUGGUCUCGGUAGAUACGUUGUAAAGUCCCUUGGUUCAAAAUAUGGAAUAACUCCGUGCUUCAUGGCGAAGCCCAAGGAGGGCUUACCGGGGAAUUCAGGACAUAUGCACAGUACGUCAUACACUAUGCACAGCUCUUCUCUUUUUCGAAUCGUUUGUUUAAUCGCCUCCCUUUAGUAUCACUUGUUGAUAGCGAUGGAAACAAUCUUUUUGCUCGUUCGGAAAGUGAUCCUGAAGCUGGCCGUGACCUAGCAUAUCUUUCGGAUAUUGGACGCUACUUUCUUGCCGGGGUUCUCGAAGGGCUUCCAUCUGUAAUGCCCCUCUUAGCUCCCACAGUCAACUCUUACAAGCGCCUUGUGGAAAACUAUUGGGCACCAGUAACAGUGUCUUGGGGAUUGGAACACCGCGCAGCUUCAAUCCGGCUCAUCUCGCCACCGCUUGCGCCUCCUAAAGCCACACGCUUUGAAAUCCGUACCUGUGGAGCCGAUGCCAACCCAUAUUACGUGCUUGCAGCUGUCCUUACAACAGGACUCCGUGGAGUAGAAAAAAGGCUAGAGAUACCUGUAUCCCCGUUGGGUAUUGGGGAGGAGACCAGCGGUGGCGAGCGUCUCCCAAGGAAUCUAAUGGAGGCUGUAAACAAAAUGACGGAGAAAAGGAGCGUUGCUAGAGAGGUAUUUGGUGAUGCGUUCGUGGAUCACUACGCGGGGACAAGAGAGCAUGAAUGGAGGCUGUGGGAGGAAGCUGUUACUGAUUGGGAAAUCCGGAGAUAUAUCGAAAUGGUCUGAGGGGCCCAGGCGCAGUGUUGAUUCACGGCUAAUGGUGACCUUUGUGUUCCUAUAUCGAGCCUCGAUACACAUAGAUACUCGUGGUCUAUCAGCGAGUGUUAUGCAGUGAGAUUUCUCAUUUUUCGCGGUGUUUCAAUUUAACCCGUCAAUAAUCUU